ACUAAAUAGUACAUAACCUAGAUUUGCUUUAAAUUUUAAAACAGAAAUUAUUUUAAAUCAAUCAAAAUGACAAUUUCAAAACUUAUUCGUUUAAGUAAUUUUAAUAAACAUAUUUUAAAUGCUUCAAAAUACAAUACAAAUCUUCUAAGAUUAUCAUGUAUGUCCACCCAAGUAAAAUUUGCCGAACAUAAACCUUUAGAAAAAAUUCGAAAUAUAGGUAUAUCAGCUCACAUAGAUUCUGGUAAAACAACAUUAACAGAACGUAUCUUAUUUUACACCGGCCGAAUAGCUGAGAUGCAUGAAGUGAAAGGUAAAGAUAAUGUUGGAGCGACUAUGGAUUCUAUGGAAUUAGAACGACAACGUGGUAUUACCAUACAAUCUGCAGCCACAUAUACUUUGUGGAAAGAUCAUAAUAUUAAUAUUAUUGAUACUCCUGGUCAUGUGGAUUUCACUGUGGAAGUAGAACGUGCGUUACGUGUUUUAGAUGGAGCUAUUUUAGUAUUAUGUGCUGUUGGAGGUGUUCAAAGCCAAACAUUAACAGUUAACCGCCAAAUGAAACGAUAUAAUGUUCCAUGCUUAGCAUUUAUAAAUAAAUUAGAUCGAAUGGGUGCGAAUCCAAAUCGUGUUUUACAUCAAAUGAGAUCAAAAUUAAACCAUAACGCUGCUUACAUUAAUAUACCUAUUGGCUUAGAAUCUGAAACGAAAGGAAUCAUUGAUUUAGUACGACAAAAAGCUGUAUAUUUUGAAGGAAAUUAUGGAGAAAAGUUGCGUAUUGAGGAUAUUCCAAGUGAUAUGAAAACAGAAGCACAUGAUCGACGACAAGAAUUAAUCGAACAUUUGGCGAAUGUUGAUGAAAAAAUAGGUGAAUUAUUUUUAGAUGAAAAAUCUAUUUCUGAAAGUGAUGUUAUGGGCGCAAUACGUCGCAGUUGUUUAAAACGAACAUUUACACCGGUGUUAGUUGGUACUGCUUUAAAGAAUCGAGGAGUCCAACCACUUUUAGAUGGUGUUUUAGAUUAUUUACCUAAUCCUGGAGAAGUUGAAAACUUAGCAAUGAUAGAGAAGGAAGGUGAAGAAACAGAAAGUAUAGUUUUAUCCCCAGCACGAGAUGGAAGUAAUCCUUUUGUAGGUUUAGCUUUUAAACUGGAAGCUGGAAAGUUUGGGCAACUUACAUAUUUACGUUCUUAUCAAGGCUGUUUGAAAAAAAGUGAAAGUAUUUACAAUACACGAACAAAAAAACGAGUUAGAAUAUCUCGUUUAGUACGAUUACAUUCGAAUAACAUGGAAGAUGUAAAUGAAGUUUAUGCAGGGGAGAUUUUUGCAUUGUUUGGUGUUGAUUGCGCAAGUGGAGAUACAUUUGUAACCGAUCCAAAGCUACAAAUAUCGAUGGAAUCAAUUCAUGUUCCAGAACCCGUUGUUUCCAUGUCAAUAAAACCAUCGAACUCAAAAGAUCGUGAUAACUUUAGCAAAGCAGUUGCUAGAUUUACGAAAGAGGAUCCAACAUUCCGUUUUUAUUUCGAUGAUGAUAACAAGGAAACAAUUGUAUCUGGUAUGGGUGAAUUGCAUUUAGAAAUUUAUGCUCAACGAAUGGAAAGAGAGUAUAAUUGUCCAGUAAUAUUAGGAAAACCGAAAGUUGCAUUCCGUGAAACAUUAUCAGGUCCAUGUGAAUUUGAUUAUCUACAUAAAAAACAAUCUGGAGGUGCUGGUCAAUAUGGUAGAGUUAUUGGAAUUAUGGAACCUUUACCUCCACAUCAAAAUACAACGUUGGAAUUUGUUGAUGAAACUAUUGGUACAAAUGUACCAAAACCUUUUAUUCCUGGUAUUGAAAGAGGAUUUAGAUUAAUGGCUGAAAAAGGAUUGUUAUCUGGACACAAAUUAUCAGGGAUUAAAUUCCGCUUACAAGAUGGUGCCCACCACAUAGUUGAUUCUAGUGAAUUAGCCUUUAUGCUUGCAGCGCAAGGAGCUGUGAGACAAGUUUUCGAAAAUGGUUCGUGGCAAAUACUAGAACCCAUUAUGUCUGUGGAAGUUACGGCACCUGAUGAAUUUCAAGGAACUGUAAUUGCUCAAUUAAAUAAAAGACAUGGCGUAAUUACAGGUACGGACGGUAAUGAAGGAUGGUUCACGGUGUAUGCAGAAGUGCCUUUAAAUGAUAUGUUCGGUUAUGCUGGGGAAUUAAGAUCUAGUACACAAGGCAAAGGUGAAUUUAGUAUGGAGUAUAGUAGGUAUGCACCAUGUUUACCUGAAGUUCAAGAACAAAUUGUACAUCAGUAUCAAGAAGCACAUGGAUUGUUACCUCAAACGAAAACAAAAAAACGAAAUUAA